GAGUUCGAGACAGUUCCAAAUCGGAUGUCAGUGAGAAGAAACGUUUAGGGAAAGCAAUCGCCAGUGUGUUUUCUAGCAGAAAAUCCUCCAUAUUAGUGUCCAGUCAUCUUCCCGUAUAAACGCACUAACUGCUUAGUUUUAUACAUUUUUUUUUGCUAAAAUCACCGCCAGCACCAGAAUGUCGCAAGUGAAAACCUACUCCUUGGCGGAAAUCAAGUCCCACAACACGAAUAAGACCUCCUGGAUUGUAAUUCACAACUGUAUUUACGACGUGACGGAAUUCUUGAACGAACAUCCCGGUGGCGAGGAGGUGCUACUAGAGCAAGCCGGAAAGGAAGCCACGGAAGCGUUCGAAGAUGUCGGCCACAGCACGGAUGCCCGCGAGAUGAUGAAGAAGUUCAAGGUCGGCGAAUUGAUCGAAACCGAGCGGAAGCAGGUCCCCGUCAAGAAGGAACCCGACUGGAGCACCGCGCAGAAGGAUGAGAACUCCUUGAAAUCGUGGAUCGUUCCACUGAUCCUCGGACUACUGGCGACCAUCAUCUAUCGGUUCUACUUUACUCAGUAACCAGCCAACCUGUGUGUAGUGCAAACGUGUGGUGUAACACCCGAAGAAAUACUAACGUGCCGAACGUUCUCUUCAUUCCAAGAAAAAAAAAACUGUACCAAAACCGACAGACCAGCGGGAAAAGGUGUUUUGUUGUAGUGAACAACUCAAUUCAUUCUGGUGCACAUUAUCACAUUCAAACACAACCGAGGCAGACACCGUCAGCUUAAGCCAGCACCACUUUCCAGACGACAACCGUCACAAAGCGACGGAGAUCAACGCUUUUUUUUAUAUAUUUUUUAUCCAUUUUGACUAGUUUAUAUGUUUAAGCAAGGAUUUCUACGCGUCAUAAUACCGGGGAUAGGGAUUUAGUAAAAAUGCAAUUCCAGUUCUACAUUUUUUCCCCAUGUAACUUAACCGAAAUGCUCAGAGUUGGAUAUGAAUUCGAAAAUUAUAACUUAUUGCUGCUAAAAUUUUAUAUCUAAGGACAGUAGUUUCUCCAUUGUGCACAAUUGAUUCUAGGAAGACCAAAAAUGAAAUGUUGUUUUUAUAAUUCGAACCAUAACUGUUGUUGGAAAAAAUUAAAAUCGCUUAGAUUUCAAUGAUUGUUCAUUGUAUUGUUUGGUGACGAAAGAAAAAAAUAUGUUCACAUAGAUUAGUAGGUUUUAUUAUUGCACUCGGGAAACACUUUUUUCAAUCAGGGCUAAUUUGAAGAUAUGUUUAGUGUUUCUUUAUAAGAAAGUUGACCUAUUAUUUCUGGGAAUAAACAUCUUCUAUAUUUGUAA